GCCGCGGCGAACGUCGCAUUGAGGCAUUAAAAGUACGUUUUAAUAACGCUCACAUCUGCGCUCGCGGUGUAAACAACAAAAUCCGCGCUUAAAAUAAACCCAAUAAAAAUCUUCUAUCGGAAUGGGCCAAGAUGAGCUCCCAUUGACUUAUGCUAUAUGUGAAGUAGCAGUAGCUAUUCUAGCGAUCGCCGGAAAUUUGCUGGUGGUCGCAACUUUCGCUUUAGAAAGACGUCUACGACGAGUCACCAAUUUGUACAUCAUCAGUUUGGCGACAUCAGACUUUUUGGUCGGACUUAUCGGCGUUCCAUCAGCAGUCAUGGCCCGUCUUGGGCUUCCCAGGAAUGCCUUCCAAAUCUGCUUGCUUAUGCUAUCUGUUCUCGUCCUACUGUGUACUGUGUCCAUACUGAACCUUGUAGCAGUGACACUGGAUCGUUACUGGGCUAUACUUCAUCCCUUCUGUUACAAAAGAACUAUGAAUCGACGAGCGGCAGGUAUCGUUAUUCUCGGCUGCUGGAUCCUGGGGUCGUUAGUUGGGUUACUGCCGAUCUUCGGAUGGAAUAAUGGCCCCGAGAAGGAUGGUCGAUGUCUCUUCAUUCCAGUCAUGCAUUAUGACUUCCUAGUCCUCAUUUUCUUCGCUACCAUAGUCUACCCUGCACUUCUGAUGGCCUUCUGCUAUGGAAGGAUAUACGCCGUUGUACUGAAGCAGGUACGAAUCUCUCUCUAUCAUUUCUGCACGUCUAUUCUUUCGCAACUAAAAGUGUAG